GAGCUGGAGGUGGUUUUUGCAUACAGUGGAGGGCACAACCAGGUCGCCAGUUUUGCUAAAGCUCACUGGAAGGAGGACUGGUACUUUGGCUACCAGUGUCUGAACGGCUGCAACCCUCUGCUGGUGCGUCAGACCCGUCUUCUACCUCCAAACUUGGGUGUCACCUCUGACAUGCUCCACCCCUUCCUGCCUGGAGACUCCACCCUUGAGCUGGAGCUGCAGAAAGGAACCAUUUACCUGCUGGACUAUGAAGUUUUGGACUCGGUUCCGGCCAACAUAAUCAACGGGAAGCAGACGUACCUGUCUGCCCCGCUGUGCCUGCUCCACCUGAACUCACAGGGACAGCUGGUGCCCAUUGCCAUCCAGCUGCAGCAGAAACCAGACCCUCAGAACCCCAUCUUCCUGCCCUCUGACUCCAGCUGUGAUUGGCUGUUGGCCAAGAUGUGGGUCCAUAACGCCGAUUUCCAGUAUCAUCAGCUGAUCUCCCAUUACCUGCGGACCCACGUGAUGUCUGAGCUGUGCUGCAUAGCCACACUGAGACAACUGGCAGAGUCGCACCCGCUGCAUCAGCUGUUGAUGCCACAUGUGCGGACGUCCCUGAAGAUCAACCUGCAGGCCAGAGCGGGUCUGCUGGCCUCUGGGGGGGUGUUUGAUCAGGCCGUGGCGUCCGGUCUGAAGGCCAUACAGGCGCUCCUCAGCCGCGCUUCAGCCAGGAUCCGCUAUCGCUCCCUCUGUGUCCCUGACGACCUGCUGGACCGCGGCGUGCACGGACUGCCGCACAGCUACUAUGCCGAGGAUGCGCACAGAGUGUGGGACGCCCUCUACAGGUUUGUGGUCAGCUGGGUGGAUGUGUAUUACAGCAAAGACGAUGAUGUGCAGAAUGACCUGGAGCUUCAUCAGUGGAUCACAGAGAUCAACACACACGGAUAUUCACAACACUCAGGUUUCCCUCAGUCCUUCUGCUCUAAAGCUGAGUUGUCGAAGUUUGUCACCAUGAUCAUCUUCUCCUGCUCAGCUCUGCACGCUGCUGUCAACUUCUCCCAGCUGGACUUUGCUCUCUGGGUACCAAACUGUCCCACCUCCAUGGUGCGCCCCCCCCCGCAGGUCAAAGGGGUCAUCACAGAGGACGACAUCCUGGGGUUCCUUCCAGAUGUCAACAUCACUUGUCGUGUCCUGAUGGUGCUGAGCAUGCUGUCACAGCCAAGCAGCGACUUUAUUCCCUUGUGUUGUUACAGGGAGAACAUCUUCAAGGUGGGUGUCCAUCGCAGGCUGGUGGAGGAGGUUCAGGCAGAACUCAGGGCCAUUUCUGAUGACAUCAGAGAGCGCAACAGCCAGCGAGUGCUGCCGUAUCCGUACCUGAGUCCCUCCCACAUCGAGAACAGUGUCGCCAUUUAAAUCUUGAACCGUCAACAAUGUGGUUUUAGCUGUCAAAACGAAGCUUUUGGAAAACAAAAUUGAACAAAUAAUAUGUGUAUAUGUCUAAGAUACUACAAGGAUGUUAUUUUAUACGUAUUCUGAGGAGGAGCAUGUUUCUGAACAUCUUAACAACGGUCACUAUGGAAGGAGUUUAAAGUCCCACUCUGAUCUAUUUUCAAAGCGUUUACACAGUCACUGUCCUGCCAACUGUAGUAUGUAUGUAACAACUUCAGAUUUUUUUAAAUGUCAUUUUUUUCAUCUGCUCCAGAUUCUCAAUGAUUUAUAAUAAAGAAUACUUAGGAAUUGUUAAA